AGAGGGACAGAGUGGCGCGGUGUGAGAGCUGCUGCGGAGAGAGUGAGAGCGAUGGGAGUGAGAGACAUAGGAGGAGAACCAGUAGUGACGACCGAGCUGAGGAAUUGAGGAAGUUCUUGACCAGGUGGCCAAUCAUCUCAUUUGAUUGAACUCAGGAAGUUCCUCGCUACAUCAGCGACCGGUUACUCAUCCCACAGACUGCGGUUAAUAGAAGAAGUCCGGUAACCGGCCCGUAGCCAUUCGGUAGCCAGGUAGCCGUUCGGUAGCCGUUGGGUAACCGUUCGGUAACCAUUCUGUAACAAUUUGGUCACCGGCCCGUAACCAUUCGGUAUCCAGGUAACCAUCCGGUAGCCAGAUAACCGUUCGGUAACCGUUCGGUAGCCAGGUAACCGUUCGAUAGCCGUUCGGUAACCACUCGGUAACCACUCGGUAACCGUUCGGUAACCGUUCGGUAGCCGUUCAGUAGCCCGGGGAGAGGUGGUGACGUUCAGGGCCGCUCUAAUUGCCCGCCGAGGGCUGGGCGGGGCUGCUCCGAAGCCUCUGGUACUGCGGAAGGACACACCUGGACACCCGGAAGGGCGGCAGUUAGGCUGUUCGGGAGACGGAGACAACACGGCCCCGGAGACGCAGUGACAUUAGGAGACAAGGAGACACCUGCAGUGCAUUGGCGAAGCGAGUGUGAAGCGUGACUGCGCGCGUGUGCGUGAAGAAGUGUGUGAGUGUGUGCGUGUGCCCUUGAAAAUGAGGGAUUGUGAUUUGCAGCGUGAAACGUUCAGAGGCGUCUAGUGAAAAGCACUGCCGCUGAAGUUUCAAACUGAAGUGCGGCGCCGAGUUUCAGAAAAGUGCGCGAGUAAAGACUGCUGUAAAAAGCAAUCUCCAGAGCUCAACGAUUCGUCCCCUGGGACCUUUUGUGUGCUCGUUCUGGGAUUCUCCCAAGUCUAAUUGCCAGGUACUUGAUCUGGUUCCGGGCGAUGCAAACACGGAACGACGGGAUUAUUCACAGAAACAGUAGUCAAAUCUUUGUUUAGAGGUCCGCUAACCGGUCUACCGGAUCCGGGAGCAGAAGCCACUGCAUCGAUUUACACAGAAGUUCCGAGAACACCUACGCCAGAGUUGGUGAGAUAAGCCGUGACGGGAAAACGGCCCUCGUGAUUCUGACGACGGAUUCACUUCUCCAAUAUCGCAUGACGAUUGAGGUGUCCAUCGGCGAUCGGCGGGUAGUGAUCAGCUAGCUUCAGUGGACUGUGGCGGUCAGCGGUCAGCAGUCAGCGAUCAGCGGUCAGCGGUCAGCCAGCGCUCGUGGGUGGUCCCUCUCGAGUGCAGGACGCCUGUAAAUAUGGCGCCUCCCCGUCAGGUGGUCGCGCUCCCCUUCAAUCCGCCGGCUGACACCCGACUGGCGUUCAAUCCUCCGGGACAGAGUGUCUCGCUGGCCUUCAACCCGCUGCUGAGAGUUCUCACUCCAGCCAUGGCUCCGAGACCCAACUCAGGUCUGGAGACUCAUGAGGAGGAGAUCAUCGGCGACUCGCCGACCCUCGAGCCCUACCUGCACCACACCAACGCGACAACAGAACCAGACGAACCGUGGCCAGGGGAACUCGGAAAGGAGGAAGAGAGCCAGGAGAAAAUCUCCAUCAUCGUCGGUAUCGUGGUCGCCCUUCUGCUCGCCAUCCUCAUCGUCAUCGUCUGUGCCGCCGUCAUCAG